GAAUAUGCUUCUGAAGUUAUCCAAAGCAAUGAUUCUGAACAAGAAAUUGAGGAUAUUACUGAACAUAAACAUGAAUGCCGAGGUGUACAUUGGCCUGUGGUACUGCCAUCUGAGAUAGUUUUGGCUGGCCGAAUACUAGCAAGGUUUUUGCUGAAUAGCACGUCUGAUAGUAUUAUAAACUUUGUGGAAAGGCUGGAGCUUUCUCAUUGUUACAAACAUAUGUCAUCUGAAAGCAAAUUGGAUUCACACAUAUAUGCCAUUGUAUUGUUGUAUUGUCUUCAACACUCAUGUGGAACCAUGUUUUCCAUAGACGGAGUCUCCAUAUCACAGGUUGUCAUUAUUAUCUCUCAAAUUAAAGUGAAUUGUAUGACCAUUGUUCGUUUAAAAUCAAUUGAUGCUCAUGGACUAUCAGGUCAUUUUGGACAAUUUCCAUUAAAAUCUGAUGCACAUUCAACUAGUAACGUGGAACAGGUCAGAGUGGGUAAAGCUAUCUAUAAAGCUGCCAGUUUAUUUAACCAUUCUUGCCGACCAAAUGCUCAUGCAUAUUUUCUUUCACGCACUCUUUACCUACGAAUCACACAUGGUGUAGCAGCUGGUUGUCAGCUAGAACUGUCUUAUGGUCCACAGGUUGGGUUGUGGGAUUGUAAAGAUCGCCUUAACUUUCUCAAAGAUGAAUAUGCGUUUCAUUGUCAGUGUAUUGGUUGUUCAGAAGUCAAUGUAUCCGACAUAGUCCUCAAUGCCUUCCAUUGUGUCAAUCCAAAUUGUUCUGGUGCAGUGUUAGAAAGCAGAGUACAUGACUGUGAGCAGCAGAAAAUCAAGCACUUCACUAUUACUGACCUUGUUGAAAAGAAUGAUGACAUUUGUGAAGUAUCUCUUAAUGUCUUCAAACAAAACGGGGCCCAUAUUCAUGGUCAACCUGGAUACUGUUUGAAAUGUGGUUCUUACUGUGAUUUGGAGUCUUCUCAUGCUGCAGUCAGUGAAGCUCUAAUAUGCAUAAAAAGGUUGCAGGAUGCAAAAUCUUCAAAAGAAAUUUCGCGUAUUACUAUUUCUGAUGCUUUGAUAUCUCUUCAAUCACUAAGAUUAAAUUUGCAUGCUUACAACAAGCUUAUUGCGGAGGCAGAAGACAGCAUUGCUCAGGCUUUUUGUUUAGUACGAGAAUUACAAUUAUCUGUUGAUCAUUGCAAAGCUUCUAUCCAGAUUCUGGAAAAGCUAUACGAUACUGAUGAUAUUGUUAUUGCUUACGAACUUGUGAAGCUUUCUUCCAUCCAACUUUCCUUGGAUGAUUCUACUGCUAUGGAAAGCAUAAAUCGAAUAGAUGAUAUCUUCUCACGUUACUAUGGAUGUCAUGCAGACUUGGUGUUCCCUUAUCUUCAAUAUCUUAGGGGAGAAAUUGAGAAAUUUUCAGUGAAGGCCAUCCAAUAAAAUACUUCUACGACAAAAUGUCCUACAGAAUUUGAGGUAUAAUUGUCAAUCACAGGUUAAAUGAUUGGUCAUAUAAUAUGAAAGAUAUACAAUAGUCAAGACCUCAAGAAAGAUUACUCAAAGCUCAUCCAAGCUGUUUGAUAGUCUAGGCAUACCAUGCAUAAAUAAGAACUAGACUUUGAACUAAGGUCAGUCUGUGCUCUCUAACUACUCUCUUUCUGAACUUGUGCUUUAUUGAUAUAGAUUCUUUCAAAUUUAAAGAGGAUGGAGAUAUAUUUUAAAGAUUGUCUUGAGAUCUCAGUUGAUGAAACCUCAAUUAGUUACAAGGGUAUCAGCAAUAACUUUCCACGUUAUAGUUUUAGUUCCCAAAGAAAAUUGUUUUUUGCAGUAAGUUAUAUUAUACCUGCUAUUACUAAAUCAACGAAU